AUGCAGUCCCUGGAGUUGUGCGAUGAGGUGCACAUGUGCUAUGCGCGAGAUACGUUGCUUCAUCUGCGAUCGCGUGCGGCGCCCCCGGCGGACAUGACGCCCCUGAAGAUGCUGCACAUGGCGAGGGAUGAUCGGACAGCUCGUAAGAGCCGGCCCCCGAAGGGGAGCCAACAGAAUGGAUACUUCCAGUCCUCUCGGCCGCCGGAGGACGACAGCUUCAUGGCCGCGAAUGGCGCCCCGCAAGCCGCCAUGGAGAUGCCAAAUCCUGGUCUCCAGCAGGAUUUCACCCAUGACGACUGGAGCGCCCCUCCGUGGGCCACUUCGGCGAUGAUCCCUCAGCCGAUGUACAAAGCGCCGCCUCCAGGCUUUGCUUCCGACGCUGGACCACUGGCAAGGCCUUUUGGUUAUGAAGACUGGGACGCCUGGAGACCGCUGCCGCGGCUUGAGCCGCCGGGCUUGGAAUUGGCGGCACCUGCGCCUGCCCAAACUGCUGACGACGACGAUGGCUUCUGGGGCGCGCCCCUUGUGCCGCUCGCUCCGCAGAGAGCGAGCUUGGCGACCGAGCCAGCUCCCGCUCAUGUACAGGAGGAGCCAUCCUGGGACCCGCCAGCAGGCGCAGCUCCGCCGCUGCCGCAAGAAACUCCGGUGCCGCACGUCACUCCUGACCUCUCAGUCGAUGGAGCUGGAGGCAUGCAGGGCGCUGGGCGAUGGCGGCGCAGCAGGAAGCCCACGGACGCUAAUGACACCGCCGCAGAGGAGGGCCGAAGGCCGGCGGCUGAAGAAUGUGGAGAGAUGAUGCGUGAUCUGGUUUGGGGCUUCGAGCCGACCCGACCAGAACCACCGGCUGUUCCGCCGCCACCACGGCCGGGAGUUACCGACUUGCACCGACCAGCCGACGAUCAGCUGCCGGACGAGCCUGCCGACCACGCUGCCGAAACGAAGGCGGAAGAGUCUGCAGGUUCCGAGCUCGAGGAUCCAAUUGAAGCUGGUGAUGCAGAGCCCAAGAAGGCCAAAAAGAAGAAGAAGAAAAAGAAGGCUGCAAAGACGGAAGACGCUUCACCCACGAAGGUCGUUCCAGCCGUGCCGACUACUCCUGCUCUGGCGAACCUCUUCUCGAAAACGAAAUUUUCCGGCCUGUCCGACGGUUCCGACAGCGAGCAGGAGGUGGCGAAGGCCAGCGCGAAAGCCGCGGCGAAGCCGAAGGCCAAGCCCAAGGCCAACAAGGAGCCCAAGGAGCCCAAGGAGCCCCCCAAGGACCCCCCCAAGGAGCCCCCAAAGGAGCCCAAGGAGGCUAAGGAGCUUUUGAAAGAGGCCAGGGAGGUGAAGGUGGAGAAAGCCCCGGCGGUCAAGGCCAAGGCACCACCCAAGGCUCCUCCCAAGGAACCGGGCCAUGGAGGAUACCCGGCCCCGGCUUCUUCCGGUCCGGCCGGCCCGGAACCCGGGCCCGGUCCAGCUUCCCGCGAAGUCAAGGUGCCGGUGCCUUUGGCCGUGAAGCCUUUGCCCACAGCGCAGAUGAAGGCUCCGCCAGUUCCUUCGCCUCCGGCUGCCAAAGUAGCACCAAAGGCCGUCCCACCUCCAGGUGUGGCCGUGAA